AUGAGAAACAGGCAGGAAGCUAAACGAUCUCCCCCAGAGUUUCUGCAGUGGCCUCAGUCGGUGUCUAAAGCCGUGGGCAGCAGUGCUGUGUUCACGUGUCAGGCGCAGGGCGUUCCAGAGCCGCAUCUCAUCUGGCUGAAGAACGGCAAGAUUCUCACACCCAGAGGCAACGUCAAACUCACCAACAACAAUAGUACGCUGGCAGUGACGCGCAUCACAGCGCAGGACGAGGCGAUCUAUCAGUGUAUAGCAGAGAACAGUGCAGGAACUAACCAGGCCAGCGCCAGACUCGCUGUCUCUCGCUCUGCUGAUCUCCCAGAAGCCCCGCAGGACCUCACGGCCACACCGCUGUCCACCACCUCACUACUGAUCCGCUGGAACCGACCUGAACCUCACGUCAGCGACAGGAUCAUCGGAUACGUGCUGCACAUCCGCAAGCUGGGCGAUCCAGACAGCGGUGAACUUCAGGAGGCCGUAACUAAAGACACAUUUCAACAUGAGUUUAAUAACCUGGAGACCGCCACCACAUUCUCCAUCUAUGUGAAGGCAUAUUCACCUCAGGGAGCCAGUCAGCAGUCUCCCAUCAUCAUCACCACAACACUGGGUGGAGUUCCCAGUAUGCCCAGUUUCUUCACGAAGGUUCUGAACAGCACAGCCAUGCAGGUGUUCUGGGAUCUGCCCAGUAAAGCCGGUCGAGUGGAGGGAUAUAAACUCUCUCACCGCAUGAUAACACAACAAGAGACCACAACUGAAGAGCGUUUCCCCAGCCACAUCAACACACACACCAUCUCUAACCUCGAGCCUGCAGCCGUGUAUGAGAUCCAGCUCACAGCCUUUAAUGGAAAUGGUGACAGCAUCAGCAACAAACGGCUCGUCUCAUUGGCUGAGACUGAAAAGAGCAGGAAAGAUACAGCAGGUGAGAGUUUGUGUGACUGUCGUCAGGACUCGGACUCUCCCGUCACGGGGAUCGUGGUUGGCAUUCACAUCGGUGUGGCCUGUAUUAUAUUCUGUGCUCUCUUCCUCAUGUUUGGAUAUCGUCACAGUUUCUUCCGUCAUAAGGGUUCUCUGGGCAGCUGGAGUCUCUCUGGAGGACAAACAGAUUCACACAGACGCUCCACAACUAAAGAGACCACCGUCUGUACUACUGACGCUAUUGAACUGAUGACACAGGGCGUGUCAGCGGGACAUCAGGCGGGUGACAGUCAGUGUCGGGUCAUGAUUGAACCUCACUGCCCAGCGGGCACCAGCACGGGCGUGAGCAAUGGAACAGGGUGAAGAGACCCCCCAUCACCCCCCCC